CUUGACGCUGUCAAAGAACAACAGCCACAGGAGGGCAAACUCUUUUUCUAUUUUGACAAAGCAGGCAUGAAAGGUGUCGCAUGCUUUGGAAGUAUGGCCUCGGAAGAGAGGAUGGCAACGAUAAUACGACAAUUCGGAGACCCCGACGUCCUCGUCCACAGCGAGGGCCUCGUCGCCCUGAAGCUGGAAAGCGCGUGGACGACAGGGAAACAUUCGGCGCCGAGCGGAAUCGUCCUCAACGAAGACAAACGGCGAGUGACCAUGAGUCCGCAGGACCUGGUGACCAACAGCAACUUGGUUGGCAGUUUGCAAGUCGUGGCUGCGCUUUUCGCCGGGUGCCAGGAGUUUAACGAGUCCAGCCCUGUUCUCGAAGCUGCACAGAAGGCCUUGAAGAAUGUGCCCACACUUGUCAUAGUUCAUAACAGGAACCUCGCAUCCGAUCUGGCAGCAUGGUUUCCUGCGGUCACCACCCUCGUCCUGUACCACGACCUGAAGCUGCAGAAUGACAAGGAGUUUAGGAUGCAAGGACUCGUCAAUCAGUCGCACCUCGAGUGUUUGCUCGGCACUACGCCAGCCAUGGGCGCUGAUCACCUGCUGAUAAUGCCCGUGACUUUCGUCAACCUUCUGUUCAACUGCCCUAAGCUUAAAACGGUCCGGGCUGUCUACCUGAAUAUCGGUGGUGGUGGUGAUGAACUUCCCGCUGCGGCGUCCGUCAAGCGCGAGCAUCAGCCAGCGAGUUUCACCAGCGAGGAAGCCUGGCUCGGUUGCACCCUGAUGGCUGAGAACGGGCUUCCCUUUGCAGCGGAUGCACUGACAGCCGACGAGGUCGCCCACGUCACCAGGGACCGCGACUACUGCCUCAGCAUCAAAAGCCUUCGGUUGACGACGACCGCGGAGCGCUCCCUCGCCGACGCCGCAAGUUUCUCCAACGUCACGGACCUGUCUCUCAGCUUCGCCUCGCUGACGAGCUACGGCCGCUUCGACCCCCACGUCGUGGACGCGCUGUCCCGACUCACCCUCGAGUCCCUGCGGCUGACCAACAUCGGCGACGUCAGCGUGUCGGCCAUAGCGAAACGCUGCCGCGGCCUGGAGUGUCUCGGUCUCAGCGAAUGCGUCGUGCGCGACGAGGAGAUCGACGAGAACACCGUGUUCCAGUGUCUCCGCACGCUGCGCAUCGGCAGGUCCAUGAGCGAAUGGACGUUCUUCGGACUUCUCCGCUCGUGUCCCUGUCUGGCCGAGCUGCAACUGCACGACGACGCCCUGACCACGGCGUUCAUCGUCGGUCUGCCGCGGUUCUCCUUCGAACACCGGACCCUCGACUGUAUCGAGCGACUCACGCUCCACACGAACGUGGGCGGCCGCAGCGGCCUCGCCGGACUGCGAGAACUUCCGUCCGACCUGGAUAAUGUGUUCGCCCUGCUGCCGGCGUUACGAAGCGUUCGCACAGACGACUACAGGGUGCGGCUACACAUAGAGAACUGCGCGCCGUGGCUGGACCUGCAGUGGGGCUUGUGUACGGUCUGCUUUGCAGAGUACCCGAAGGUCGACGCGUCGCAACAUGAAAUGUGGCGUAAUCUUCAUUAUUCAAAGUAGCAGGUUGCAUAGACGAUCGUUGCAGAAGUAAUGCGGAUAUGUGGUAGCGAAACGGCGAUACCUUCUAGUUUUAAAUAUUCGCGCAGAGGAGAUCGAAUCGACGGGCAGUCGUACAAACUGCUCCGGCACGGUGUGCCUUUUAAAGGUUCCAAGAUUCGGUGGGGAGCAAUGGAAUGCACGUGCGCUGUUGUUCAGUAACUUGUUGAACUGGGCGCGGAAAAUAAACCGAUGUGCUGCGAUGCUGACACAGUCUGAA